AUGAUUCUGUUUAAAGCUACUGCACUUGUUACGGGCUUUAUCUCCCUAGCCCUCCCAACCUAUGGUCAGACACCCAAGGUUGAUGAUUUGGCCAAUGCAUUUGAACUGUCCGAAGUCUCUCUGACAGACAGUCGAUGGAUGGACAAUCAAGACCGAACAGUCAACUACCUCCUCUCCAUCGAGCCGGACAGACUUCUCUAUGUAUUCCGAAAGAACCACGGCCUCGACACCAAAGGUGCCACAAAGAAUGGCGGUUGGGAUUCACCAGACUUCCCUUUCCGAAGCCACAUCCAGGGCCAUUUCCUCACAGCAUGGUCACAUUGCUACGCAACAUUGGGAAACAAAGAUUGCGGCUCACGAGCUAGCUAUUUUGUUAGAGAGCUCGCAAAAUGUCAGGCCAAUAAUGCAAAGGCUAGCUUCACAAAAGGCUAUCUGUCUGGCUUUCCCGAGUCAGAGAUUGAAAAGGUCGAGAACAGGACUUUGAACAAUGGCAACGUUCCGUACUAUGCGAUCCAUAAAACCCUGGCUGGGCUUCUCGAUGUCUAUCGUCGUGUCGGUGUCAACGAGGCCAAAGACGUUAUGCUCUCACUCGCAAGCUGGGUCGAUGCUCGUACAGGAAAGUUGACUUACGCUCAGAUGCAAGAGAUGAUGCGGACUGAGUUUGGUGGUAUGAACGAGGUUCUUGCUGAUAUUGCAUACUACACUAAAGACAACAAAUGGCUCAAGGUCGCUCAACGCUUCGACCAUGCUACCAUCUUUGACCCUCUUCAGAACAAUGUCGACAAACUAUCCGGUCUUCAUGCCAACACCCAGGUACCGAAGUGGAUCGGAGCCCUUCGCGAGUACAAGGUCUCUGGUGACAAGAAGUACCUCGAUAUCGGCCGUAACGCCUGGGACUUGACUGUUCACAAACACACCUACGCUAUUGGUGGCAAUAGUCAAGCCGAGCACUUCCGCCAGCCAGAUGCUAUCGCUAAGCACUUGACAAACGAUACCUGCGAAGCCUGCAACACGUACAACAUGCUCAAAUUGACCCGCGAGCUGUGGUCCUUGGACCCAAGCGACGCAUCAUACUUUGACUUUUACGAGAAUGCUUUGAUGAACCAUCUUCUCGGUCAGCAGAACCCUAAAGACAACCAUGGCCACGUUACCUACUUCACGCCUCUGAACCCUGGUGGCCGUCGAGGAAUCGGUCCUGCUUGGGGCGGAGGUACAUGGAGCACCGACUACGAUUCUUUCUGGUGCUGCCAGGGCUCUGGUAUCGAGACGAACACCAAGCUUAUGGACUCUAUUUACUUCCAUACCAAGGAUACUCUAUACGUCAACCUGUUCACGCCUUCGAAGCUUAAAUGGUCGCAACGUCAAGUGUCGAUUACUCAAACGACCGAGUAUCCUCAAACGGACUCUUCCACUCUACAGAUUGGUGGCAAGGCUGGCAUUUGGACUUUAGCAGUGAGGAUCCCAUCUUGGACUUCCAAAGCCUCUAUCAGAGUCAACGGACAAACCGUCGAUGUGGAUGUCGAGCCAGGAAAAUACGCCCUUGUGAAGCGAAACUGGAAGUCCGGUGACGAGGUGACGGUGAAACUCCCCAUGAGCUUACGUACGAUUGCUGCGAAUGACAAUCCCAACGUGUCGGCUAUUGCAUUUGGUCCUGUUAUUCUGGCUGCCAACUAUGGUGACUCUUCCGUCACCUCUAUGCCUACUAUCGACCUCGCUAGUAUUAAGAGACAGGGCAAAGAUGGUCUGAUGUUUGAAGCGAAGGCUGGUACUGAGCAAGUCGAGUUGGGACCAUUUUACGAUGCUCAAGGCUUCAACUACAACGUCUAUUGGAAGACUGAUGGAAAGCUUGGCACGGGUACUACUAUAUAA